UGACAGUUUACCGCUGCCGCACGCCUGUGGCAAACCACUUCACCAAGAAAUCCGAGGCAGACAUUCGAUCAACAUUGGCUUCUCACGAAGGUUCGGCAGCGCAAUGAGUCCUCGGACCUAACGAAGCUUGCAGCAAGAGAAGGUGUUCGUAACCAUGGAGAAUCUAACAAGUAUGAUGGAGUUUGUAAACAACUCAGUGAACCAGACAGAGGGCAUGAAGCCGAUGCCCUGGAAUCCUCUCGACUACCAGGUGGUCACGUUGCUGUUGGUCCUGUUGAUCUGUGGCGUGGGAAUAGCUGGCAACGUCAUGGUGGUACUCGUGGUGCUGAAGACCAAGCACAUGAGAACCCCUACUAACUGCUACCUGGUGAGCCUGGCUAUCGCAGACCUGGUUGUGCUCCUGGCUGCCGGUCUGCCCAAUAUCACCGAGAGUGUGGCUGCCUCUUGGGUCUAUGGAUACGUGGGAUGCCUCUGUAUCACCUACCUUCAGUACCUAGGCAUCAACGCGUCCUCGUGUUCCAUCACCGCCUUUACCAUAGAGCGGUACAUUGCAAUCUGCCAUCCCAUCAAAGCUCAGUUCAUCUGCACUGUGUCCAGAGCGAAGAAAAUAAUCGCAUUUGUAUGGGUCUUCACUUCAGUAUAUUGCGUGAUGUGGUUCUUUUUACUGGAUAUCAAGCAGAUUCCACAUGCCGAUGGCGUUGAGGUGGUCUGUGAUUAUAAAGUGUCCAGAAACCACUACUUGCCCAUCUACUUCCUGGACUUCACUAUGUUCUACGUGAUACCGCUGUUGGUGGCCACGGUGCUUUAUGGUCUCAUUGCUCGGAUCCUGAUUCUGAAUCCCAUUCCCAACACCCCGCAGGACACCGCCAAUAAUUCCAUUCACAAGGGACGCUCCAAUACCAUCAAGACGUCGGGUGGCCGCAGCAAGAGUGCUCAGUCUUCAAGGAAGCAGGUCACACAAAUGCUGGCAGUGGUGGUUAUUCUAUUUGCACUCCUGUGGAUGCCCUACCGAACCUUGGUGGUGGUCAACUCUUUCAUGAAUGCACCCUACUUGAACGUCUGGUUUCUACUGUUCUGCAGGAUGGGUAUUUAUCUAAACAGCGCCAUCAAUCCUAUCAUUUACAACCUAAUGUCUCAGAAGUUUCGAGCUGCCUUCAAAAAACUAUGCACAUGCAAACAGACACAGGUGGAGAAAUCUACUACCUAUAAUAUGCCUGUUUACUACAAUGUGAUGAAAGAUAUGUCACUUGAAAGUCCUGAUGAUGAUCUAACAGAGCAGGAGGAUAUCAAUGGAUAUCCCAUUUCUAACAAAGAGAUGCAGUUUAAUAAUUCCAGAAGUGACAGAUCAUUUAAAGUGGCCUGAAGCAGUAAUGUUCAUCUCAAAACCAAUAUGAAAAAAUGAAAAGCUUAUUUGCCUAGAAUAUGUUAUAAAUUAUUCAUCGUUUCCCCUUUGUUGCAUGUGUAAAAUAUUUUUGUAUAGAAUGUUAAUUCCUUGAUGUUUUUAAAAUAAGCAAAUACACUCCGGAAAAUUAUUCUAUUCACCUUCAGGCAAGAGUUGUGAUUUAAAUGACAACAAAUCUGAACGUUGAUUUUACACUUGAAAAUAAAAACUGCUGUAUUAUGACCAUCUGCCUUUAAUAGAUAAGGAGAAGGAACCAUUAUGAUUGUACACAAUCAAAAACAAAAGAAUAUCUGUAGAUAUUGGAAAUCUGA